AACCCAGAGUUUCCACUAACUCAGAGCGAACAAACUUGGGGUUGCCUCAAAACCAGCUACCUGAAACAGGGCUCUGAUCUGGGGCCGCAAGUUUUGGACACUCAGGUAAAGAGAGGGGCGGAACUGUCAACCGACCACCAUCUGGUUGUGAGUUGGAUCAGGGAAUGGGGGAAAUUUCCGGAUAGACCUGGGGCCCGUUUCAGAAAGCAGGUUCAACAAACUCUGAGUUAAAACCUUAACCCUAGGUUGAGCAACUCUGAGCUGUCAAACUCUAAGUUUUCGGUUUCAGAACAGGUGAUAACACUUAGUUCAAUCAACUCAGAGUCAAGGUAACCCUGAGUGAAGCUCGUGCAUGAGGAUAUAAAAAGCCCUCAUCAAUGGAGCACAGAUAACAUGAUUCACCAUGGCAACAAGUGGUAAACAGCCUCGAUCCUCCUACUUCUCCCCAGUGGAGUUGGAAAUAUUAAUGACUGCGUAUGCAGAAAGUGAGCAUAUAUUUUUAAAAAGAAGCAAUACUGUGGCAGCAGCAAAAGCGCGGGAUCUUGCGUGGCAGAAAAUUGCUGACCGAGUCAAUGCGUGCAACCCAACAGGCACCAAACGGACUUGGCAGCAGCUAAAGAUGAAAUAUAAAAAUGUAGUUCAAACAGCCAACAGAAAAAAGGCUGAGGCCCGCAAAACAGGUGGCGGUCCACCACCACCACCUCUUACAGAGGCUGAGAAGAUGGCCCUAAGUCAGAACAGUGGACGACCCAUUGCUGAGGGCAUCUCUGGGGGGGGCACAUCGGACCCACCCACGCCCCAGGUCACAGGGGCCUACAUAAAAGUUACUGAUGGUGUAAUCUGUCUCGUUGAGCCUUCUGCCAUAACAGACCUCCAUGCUGUUGAGGAUGAUGAAGAAACCUUAUCAGCUGCCACAGAGAGGGAAGAUGCAGAGAGGCCUGCUGAAAGCCAUGCUGGAAAUUACAAUGAGGAAGAAGGUCCAUCAACCUCCACAGCACAGCUUACCUCACUCCCUGUGAAACAACUUUACAAGGUAUAUUUAGAAUCCCAAAUAAACAAAUCACACCUAGAAAUGGAGCACAUAAGGCUGCAGAUCACCAAAACAGAAAAGGAAAUACAACUGCUGGACCAUCAGUUAAAGGUGGGUGACGUGCCCACAGGUGGAUGUUUUUUAAUUGUUUCAACAACAAAGGAUUAACAACUGUACAAAAUUUGUCCUUCUAGGAAAUAAAGAAGACCUCAUAAAAUGA